AGACAGCUCUUCACUAUGUCGACUGCGCAUGUCCGUGAUGUCACAGUUACAAUAUCAUUAGAGAGGCGAACACACGAAAGUCACCAUGAUAAUAUGAGCGUAGCUCACUAUUUUGCUUUCUCUCUUGCUAUUUUAAUUUUAGGAGGAUGGUGUUUCGUUUGGUUUAUGCAUAUUUUGGCCAUAAUCUAUGGAAAAUAUCGUCUACACCAUCCCAUUCCGCCUCCCUCCCCGGAAGACCUCCAGGGCGUGUCCAUCAUUAAACCUCUGGUCGGGGUGGAUCCAAAUCUUUAUUUCAAUUUAGAGUCUUUCUUUACAACUGUCUAUCCCUCUUUUGAACUUCUUUUCUGCUUACAAGAUGAAAGUGAUCCAGCUCUUAUGGUUGUUAAAGCCUUAAUGGAAAAAUACCCAAAAGUAGAUGCUAAAAUUUUCAUAGGUGUUAAAUAUGUUGGCCCCAAUGGGAAAGUCAACAACAUGUGCAAAGCAUACGAGGCAGCCAAAUAUGAUUUGAUAGUUAUAUCUGAUAGUAGUAUUUUAAUGAAUCCCGAUACAUUAAUGGACAUGAUGUCUUUUAUGAAACCUGAUGUAGGGUUGGUUUUACAGAUGCCAUAUUCAUGUAAUCGCAAAGGGUUCGCUGCUGUAUAUGAAAAAGUUUACUUUGGAACAUUUCAGUCCAGAAACUGCCUUAGUGCUAACUCUGUAGGAAUUAAUUGUUCAACAGGCAUGUCUUGCGCUUUCCGAAAAGACGUUUUAGAAAAAUCAGGAGGACUUGCUCCUCUUGGCAAAUAUUUAGCUGAAGAUUAUUUUAUCUCUGAAAAUAUAAGAAAAGAAGGAUAUAAAACAGUAUUAUGCAGUCAGCCAGCACAGCAGAAUUCUGGACACUACAGCAUGAGUCAUUUUCAUCAAAGACUCAUCAGGUGGUCUCAGCUGCGCAUCUCUCUGUUACCUCACCUCAUCCUGUUUGAGCCGCUGUCCGAGUGUAUGUUGAUGGGCGUGGUGGCCUCCUGGGCCGCUGAAUACAUCUUUGGCAUCAGUUCCAUGGGCUUCUUCCUCAUGCAUGUUCUAGUCUGGUUCCUGUUUGAUUACACCCUUAUCACAUGUGUCGAGAAUGGACCACUUCCUUUUUCCAAAUUUGAAUUCUUGGUUGCCUGGAUGUUGCGGGAAGUGUUAUCUAUGUGGUUAACGAUUCAGAGCCAUAAGACCUCAAUAGUGCAGUGGCGACACAAGAAAUACAAAGUUCUGUGGGGUGGGACUAUCGAGGAAAUUGUGUGAUUGUGGAUUUAUCGUGUAGAAAAGGACAGGAUAAGAAACAAAGUUUCCACAGUGUGCAGUCUCUUCUGUUCCAAACUCUUACACACUUGGCUGGAUCUGUCAUCGUGUGCAAGCAAUGUCAUGAGAAGUAGACACAACCUCCUUAAGAAAUCUCAGAGCAUAUUUUAAAGUGUACAUCUGUCCAUCAUUCAUCCAAUUUAAGAAAAAAAAAUAUUUUGGAUAUAAUGUGAACUAUACACAAAUUCAGAUUUUUAUCUCUGCUCAUUUAUUGAUUUUUAUGAUAAUUUGGAUUGAAUUGUUCCAUUUAAGUCCAAAAUUCUGUGGGUAGAAGAGGGUGGGUGGGUGUUAAAUACAAAAAAAAAUAGCAAAUGAUUGUAAAUGAAUACCAUAUUCCUGUCUGACAGGGGCUUUUUCAGGGGACAAAGUCCUGAAUGACGACAGUAUUAUUACAUCUUUUGUGAGAUCUGAAUACUCAUUUUUUAUAGCACUUAAGUCCUAGCACUGAUUUCUACAUGCAUUGAGGCCUCUAGCAAUUUAGGGACUCUGCAGGUAGAAAGUUUUGCCAAGCAUUUGAUGAUAUUCAGUUCACAUUUGCCAAAAUAUUAAUUGUUUACAAGAUUUCUGUUAAUUAACUGUUCAGUCUAUUGUACCCAGGGUACUGAUUUAAAUAUUUAAGUUAACAUAAAUGAAUUGUCAAUUGAGAAGAAGCUAUGGUGAAUUCAGUGCAUGCUGUUUAGUGCUGGUCCUCUGGAAUUUUAUUUCAUGUGUCCUCAUUAGGAAAAAGUUUUUUCCAUUUGUUCGUUAGUUUGUUUUAAUUUGCAUUUCAUAUGUGUUCUUCCUGUGUUACAGGAGUUUAGCGAAAUGUUGCCAUUGAAAUCGAAAGUGAUCAAAUAUUUGUGAAUUGCUCACAUGCAAACAAAAAGAUAAAUAAUUAAAUGGAUAAAUAAGAAACUUUUAGAAAUUAAAACAAGUGGAUAGAUAAAAUGUAUACUUUGUUCAUUCAAACAAUGUUUUGUACAUGUCAAAAAUAUUUUUAUCCCCUCCCAAAUAGUGCAUUUACUCUUAACAUGGCCUGACUGCUUUUUACCAUAUUUUGUGAAUUGCAAAAAUUUAUAAAUCGACGAGUACAUUUUUAUUAACCUUUAAAUGUUUAAUUUAUGUCUGGUCAAGCAUGUGCAAGUAUAACACGGUUACCUGAUUAGAGUUGAUUGACAUGGCGGGAGGAGCUAUAGGUGUAUGAUUAAGAGAUAGGAGUUCACCUUUGUCAUCCUAUUGCACAGGGCAGUUAUAAUGCAGCGGCAUAAAUUUAUUAUUGUACUGCAUUAUUAUCAAUAAAAUCUGGUAUAGACUAAGCCUUUACAAAUCUCUUAUCUCCGAUUUAUAAUUUAGUACAUACAAACUUAUUAAACAAUGCUUUAGUUAUUAUCAAAAUUUUACCAUGCUUUAAUUAAUAUUAAAAAAUGUUUAAUAUUGUAAUGUAAAUGAAA